AUGGUCUUAUCACAACUUGGAUCAAGUAUCGUGAAUGCUCUUCGUAAGAUGACGACAUCUACUGUCCUUGACGAGGAAGUCAUUAACACGCUUCUUAAAGAGAUUGAAGCGUCUUUGCUCUCAGAAGAUGUGAACCCGAAGUUAAUAGCUGGGAUGGUGACGAACAUCAAAAGUCGUAUAAACGCGACAGACAUUCCGGAAGGUGUCGACAAGAGAAGAUUAAUCAAAGACUCUGUGUUUGAAGAGUUGAUCAAUUUGGUUGAUCCGAAAACGGAGCCAUUCAAACCCAAAAAGGGGAAAACGUCUGUGUUAAUGAUGGUUGGUUUACAAGGCGCUGGUAAGACAACGACAAUAACAAAGCUUGCGUUGUAUUACAAAAAUCGCGGGUACAAACCAUCUGUUGUCUGUGCCGAUACGUUCAGAGCCGGAGCGUACGAACAACUCCAGAUGAAUGCAAAGAGAGCGGGUGUCCCAUUCUUCGGAAUUAAAGACGAGUCGGAUCCCGUCAAAGCUGCUUCCGCCGGUGUGAAGGUGUUCAGGAAAGAGAAGAACGACAUCAUUUUGGUCGAUACCUCUGGAAGACACAAACAAGACACGGAGCUCUUUAAGGAGAUGCAAAGUGUGAAGAGUGCGAUUAACCCCGAUAACGUGAUUUUCGUGAUGGACGGAGCGAUUGGGCAGGCCGCAUUCGCACAAGCAAAGGCCUUCCACGACGCAGUGGACGUCGGGAGUGUUGUGAUCACCAAAUUGGAUGGUCACUCGAAUGGAGGUGGAGCGUUGAGUGCAGUAGCGGCUACAAAGAGUCCGAUAGUGUUUAUAGGAACGGGAGAAAAGGUGAAUGAGAUUGAGGAAUUUGAUGCAGAGAGUUUUGUGAGGCGACUUCUUGGGAUGGGCGACUUAAAAGGGAUCAAUAAACUUGCAAAAGACUUUGCGGAGAACCCCGAGUAUAAAACGAUGAUUAAACAUCUUCAAGAAGGAUCAUUGACGGUGAGGGACUGGAAGGAACAAUUAACGAAUUUACAGAAGAUGGGACAGCUUGGGAAUAUCAUGCAAAUGAUUGGGUUGAAUCAUCCUAUGUUCCAAGGAGGUAAUAUAGAGAAGAAGUUCAAAGGAUUUACUGUGAUAUUGGAUUCAAUGACAGACAAAGAACUGGACGGGUCUGCUAAGGCUAUGCUAGCGGACGAAAGUCGAAUGAAAAGACUUGCGAAGGGGUCGGGGAGAGAUAUCAGAGAGGUCGGCGAAUUGUUUGAACAAAUCAAAAUGUUCCAAGCGAUGAUAGACAGACUUCCUAAGGCGAUGAGAGCACAAUUGAGUAAUACAAAGAACCCAACGAAUGACGCAGAUAUGAUGAAUUACAUCCAAAAAAUGAUGCCGAAAAACGCAAACCAACAACAAAUACAACAAAUGGUGAAACAAAUGCAACAAUCGAUGGGAAUGGGUAUGGGCGGUCAAAUGAAAAAAGGUAAGAAAUGA